GUCUAUAAUUGUAUUGCGUCAUUAUCUCUCUGAUGUAGCUUGUCAGCAUGAAUUCCUAUUUAUCGGUUUUUUUUGCCACCGCUCCCUUUCCUGAUGCCCCAGGCCCUUGGGGAGAUGUAUAAAAGGCCCAAAGGUUUCACAGAGCUCUAUCCACCUUCCACUGCUUGACUCACCUUGUCAACUUGCUUUGCCAGCCGAGCCGAAGGAUGUCCUGCUCCAGCCUGUGUGUCCCCAGCUGCGGGGUGGCCACCCCGGCCCCUCUGGCUGACACCUGCAACGAGCCCUGCGUGCGGCAGUGCCCCGACUCCACGGUGGUCAUCCAGCCCCCGGCCUCGGUGGUCACCUUCCCCGGGCCCAUCCUCAGCUCCUUCCCGCAGCAGAGCGCCGUGGGCUCGGCCGGAGCUCCCUAUGUGGGAGCUGGCUCCGGGGGCGCCUUUGGAAGCCGUGCGGGCUACGGGGCCCUUGGGGGCUAUGGAGGUUAUGGAGGCUGGGGCUAUGGAAGCCGUGGUGGCUACGGGGGUUGGGGCUAUGGAGGCCGUGGAGGCUACGGGGGCUGGGGUUGUGGAGGCUGGGGCUAUGGAGGCCUUGGGGGCUAUGGGGGCUAUGGGAGCUGUGGCUACGGCGGCUGGAGCAGUGGCCACCGCUACCUGAAUGGCAACUGCUGGCCCUGCUAAGCCCCAGCCCCAGUGCUGCCUCAGAACAAGAAGUGCUCCAGGAGAAACCCCGGCACAUCCCGACCCGACGCUCUCUUGACCAAAACCCCUUGGGCAUGGCCAGGCUCCGCACCUCGGCAGCCUCGUGCCAGCUUGGGAACCAGCUCUGCCUUGUCCCUGCCCUUCCUGAGCAUCCCCGUGGGCCUCCUGGUGCCCUGGUGCUAGAGACUGGCCCGGGGCUGCUGCUCCUG